UUGAAAACGUCGGAAGUGACAUCACGCGGACUUUUCAUUCCUUUCAUUUCGCGUAAAGUCAACACGUCAAAACAUGGGACGUGUAAUUCGUGCACAACGUAAAGGUGCGGGAUCCGUCUUCAAAUCCCACACCAAGAAAAGGAAGGGAGCGCCAAAACUCCGUUAUUUGGACUUCUCCGAACGUCAUGGCUACAUUAAGGGUGUCGUUAAGGAUAUCAUCCACGACCCAGGUCGCGGCGCCCCAUUGGCCGUUGUGAACUUCAGGGACCCCUACAAGUUCCAGACCAGGAAAGAAUUGUUCAUCGCCCCUGAAGGCAUGUACACUGGACAAUUUGUGUACUGUGGAAGGAAAGCCAACUUGCAAAUUGGCAAUGUUUUGCCAGUAGGAUCCAUGCCUGAAGGUACCAUUGUGUGCAACUUGGAAGAAAAAACUGGUGACCGUGGUCGUUUGGCUCGUGCCUCUGGUAACUAUGCCACAGUCAUUGCCCACAAUCACGACACAAGGAAGACCAGAGUCAAGUUGCCUUCUGGUGCCAAGAAAGUCAUUCCCUCCAACAACAGAGCCAUGGUUGGUAUCGUUGCUGGCGGUGGUCGUAUCGACAAGCCCAUCUUGAAGGCCGGUCGUGCCUACCACAAAUACAAGGUGAAACGUAACUGCUGGCCUAAGGUCAGAGGUGUUGCCAUGAACCCUGUGGAGCAUCCCCACGGUGGUGGUAACCAUCAACACAUCGGUAAAGCGUCUACCGUCAAGAGAGGAACAUCCGCUGGUCGUAAAGUCGGUCUUAUCGCUGCCCGCAGGACUGGUCGUAUUCGUGGUGGAAAGGUCGACGCCAAGAAGGAGGAUUAGACUAAUACAUAAGUUGGUUGCAAUGUAUUUCAUUUGGACUAUUUUUAUAUUUUUGACCUGUACUUCAUUUGAAAUAUAUUGAUGAUCUGGA